AUGUCAUACAUAUAUUCUGUCUUCAUCCUAAUAACACUUUUUCUUUAAACAAACAGUAAGAAUUACCUUGAAUAAUCAGACAAAUUUUUGCAAUCUGAUUUGGAAUUUGAAAAUGAUUUUGUAGUUCUUUAGAGUGAAUCAAAAGAUAGACAUUCAGCAUUUUAUUAUCAUAAAUGGGCCAAUUUCAUAGUCUGGGGAAUCUUAGCUGAUUUUGGUAUUUUAGCUAAUAGAUAUGGGUUAAUGAGCAAACAUAGAUUAAAUUUACAUAGCAUCAUCAUGGGAUUAUGUGUAUUACUUACUGUAAUAGCAGAAAUACUUAUGAUUGCUAUUUGGAAUCCACCUACAUUUUAUGGAAAUUAAAAUAUAGCUUCAUUUCAUGCUCCUAUUGGAUUUACAUAUUUGGGUCUGAUGAUUUUGUAAAGUUUAGGAGGAGUAUUUUUAAAAUUAUGUAUUGAAUCAAACGACUAAUAACAAUAUAUUAAAAUCAUGUCAUUGUUUCACGUAUAUCUUGGAUACGCAAUGUAUUUUCUUGGGAAAAUCUAAUGUGGUUUUGGAUUCUAUGAAGUAUACACGAAUGUAUAGGGCUAAGGAUAAGGCAAUUUAAUAAUGUUUUGGGUGAUUUAUAGUGUAUUAUUUUUUUGGAGAAUCCUAUUUGAAUGGUUUUAUUAUAAUGGAAAACUUUAUUUAUAUUUUUAUGCAAUGAAGCCAAUAAGUGAAAGACAUGAGAGUAUCUAAGAUUCAUUAUUUGUCUAAUAUUUAAUUUAGAAUGGUAUUAUUAUCUAUCUUAUUUAUUUCUAGAUUAAACAAAUAUUGAAAAGGAAUAUGAUAAGAAGUUGUGGUUUAUUUUUAAUAAUAAUAUUGUUGAUCUAACAGGUUUUGUACAUCCCGGAGGAUAAUAUAUUUGGUAGAGAGUAAAAGGGAGAGAAAUAUCAAGAUUUAUUUAUGGUGGAUAAUCCUUAGAAGAUGGAUCAUCAGUGGCUUAUGCUCAUUCAGAUCAAGCUAUAGCUUUUCUAAAAAGAUAAACGAUAGGCUAUUUAUAUGGAAAUUAAAUUGCUAAUUUGAUUUAAGAAAGUAACAAUAUAUGGAGAUUAGUGAAUCAAUAAAUAAUCUCUGAGAAAAUUAGUUUAUUUGGAUUUACUCAUUCAUAAAAAUAGAUAGAAGCUUAAUUAGGCAAUCUUGAUCAGUUUGGAAAGUAUUAUUAAAUAAAAUCUGUUGUUAAUAAAAAGAUCUCUAUUAGACAAUAUACUUCGAUAGUAUGUAUGGCUUCUGAGAAUGUAUAAUAUAGAUAGUAAUUGAUAAAUUUGAUUGAGCAUUUCGAUUAGCUAAAAUAACAAGAUAUAGAAUAGAUGUUGCAAUAAUAAAGAUAUUUAAAAGAAUUGCCAUUAAUUAUUAAGAAGUAUAACUCAAACUUUGGUUUUUCUUAAUAUAUUCAUUCACACAUAAAUGAAGAAUAUGAAAUUGAAGGACCAAAUGGACCUUCUUUAGGGUUACCAAAUAAGGGUAGGAUUGUGAUAUUUUGUGGAGGAACAGGGAUAUUGCCAUUUUUAGAUUUAUUAGAUUUUUAGUUGUAAUGUGCAACUUAUUAAAUAAUAAAGAAAAAAUUUGGUUAGAAGAUAGCUGAGAGAUUGAAUCCAUUCGAAUGUUAAUUCAAUAAUAAUGGUUUACAUAUAACAUUGAUUUUUGGAGUUGCAAAUAGAUCAGAACUAAUAGGUUUUGAAAUAUUUAAAGGGUUGAAUAAAUUAUAGAGAUAUUUAGAUGAAUAGAAUUUCAAGAUAAUUUUAAAGAUUAAAGAAUAGAUUGAAGACUUUACUUGUGUAGAGGAAAGAUUUAAUGAGAGUUUUAUGAAGAAGUUUUUAGGGUAGGUAGAAUAAUACGAUAGAUUUUAUAUUUGUGGUCCACCAAUAAUGAAUUCAACAGUGCCAAAAACUUUAUAAGGUUUAGGAAUAGUGAAGAGGAAUAUUCAUUUUGUUUGA